AAAACAAUUUGACAACUCAACAAAUUUAUAGUACAUUCGACUCCGAUUUGUAAAUAUACAAGACGACAAAAAUUCGAUAAAUAAAUAUUUUAUUUUUAAUAUACCUAUUCGUGUAAAGAAAAGGCAUAAUAAUUUUAAAAGAAUCACAAAAAAUAAUGGACACAAAAGUUGAUAUGAGUGGCGACAUGAAUGUCCCAAAUCAAGAUUCCAAAUCACAAAUAGACUUUUCAAGUUUUACACAAUUCAGCAAAGUUCCAAGUAUUGGAGAGCUAAUACAAACGAUUCGCCAAUCAAUAAGACCAUGGUCGGAAUUCUUGCAUACACAGAAUUUCAAGACAGUGGCUAGUAUGCCACGUCUAUCGACACGAUUCUUAAGAAAUCUUUCCUAUUUUCAAAGCAAUUACAUACUGAUUUUUAUCAUUUUGAUGAUAUACUGUUUAAUCACUUCGCCAUUGGUACUAAUUGUUCUAGCUGCAUCUGCUUAUAUUUGCCAUAGAGUGCGCAAAGCUGCAACACAAUUUACAGUGUUCGAUAGAACAUUAACAACCAAACAACAAUACAUCAUCAUCAGCUUAGCUUCGAUGCCGGUUCUUUAUUUAGCUGGAGCAGGUGAACUUAUGUUUUGGACUUUGGGAGCUUCAUGUUUUGUUAUUUCCUUGCAUGCAAUAUUCUACAAUAUUGACGCAAUUGUUACCGAAGACACAGAAGGUUUCUUAUCGGAAGUUGUUUAGAUUUUAAUUUAUUUCUUUUUCUCCAUUAACUAUAUGUAGAUACUCGUACUUUAUACGAGUACUUGUCUAUUAACCUAUUAUAUUCUAUAAAUCUGUAUAAUAUUUACAUCACCCAAAAAAUUUAUCUUUAGAAUUUAGUAUUAAAAAAAAAAAACUUUUGAACCACAGAAAUU